GGGCGAGAGGCGAGAGAAAGCGAGAGGGAGGGGGAGAGGAGCGGCGGCAGGUGAAGGGAGAAGGAGAGAGAGGAGGCCAGAAGGAGGAAAAGAGGAGGGUGGGAAAGAACCGAAGAGUAAAAGACCGGAGCAGGGCCCCGAGCCCCCGGGCCUGGCGGGAGACGCGCUUCUCCCCACACCCUGUGCUCAGCAGUUCCAACCCGCGGACCCAGCGGCGGAGAGGGGAACAUGGGGAGCCCCGAGGAUGACCUGAUCGGGAUCCCAUUCCCGGACCACAGCAGUGAGCUCCUGAGCUGCCUCAACGAGCAGCGCCAGCUGGGCCACCUGUGCGACCUCACCAUCCGGACGCAGGGCCUGGAGUACCGCACGCACCGCGCCGUGCUGGCCGCCUGCAGCCACUACUUCAAGAAGCUCUUCACCGAGGGCGGCGGCGGUGCGGGCGCGGGGCCGGGCGGCGGGGGCCCCGCGGCGGGGGGCGCCGGCGCGGGCGUGUGCGAGCUGGACUUCGUGGGGCCUGAGGCCCUGGGGGCGCUGCUCGAGUUCGCCUACACCGCCACGCUGACCACCAGCAGCGCCAACAUGCCGGCCGUGCUGCAGGCGGCGCAGCUGCUGGAGAUCCCGUGCGUCAUCGCUGCGUGCAUGGAGAUCCUGCAGGGCAGCGGCCUGGAAGCCCCCAGCCCCGAUGAGGACGACUGUGAGCGCGCCCGCCAGUACCUGGAGGCCUUUGCCACCGCCGCCACCGUCUCGGCGGUGCCUAACGGGGAGGACAGCCCCCCGCAGGCGCCGCUCCCGCCGCCCCCGCAGCCGCCCCCUAGGUCUGUUCCGCGUCGCAGUCGCAAGCCCCGGAAAGCUUUCCUGCAGACCAAGGGGGCCCGGGCCAACCACCUGGUGCCCGAGGUGCCCGCCGUGCCCACCCACACCUUGACCUACGAGGAGGAGGAGGGAGCCGGCCGAGUGGGCAGCAGCGGGGGCAGCGGGCUGGGGGACAGCUACAGCCCCCCCAUGGAGACGGCCUCCCCCUCCGAGGGGCCCCUGAGCUACGAGCCCUACGAGGGCGAAGAGGAGGAGGAGGAGCUGGUGUACCCUGGCGCCUACGGGCUGGCACAGGGCGGCGGGCCCCCGCUGUCCCCCGAGGAGCUGGGUUCGGACGAGGAUGCCAUCGACCCCGACCUGAUGGCCUACCUCAGCUCCCUGCACCAGGACGCCCUGGCGCCCGGCCUGGACGGCCAAGACAAGCUGGUGCGCAAGCGCCGCUCGCAGAUGCCCCAGGAGUGCCCCGUGUGCCACAAGAUCAUCCACGGGGCCGGCAAACUGCCCCGCCACAUGAGGACCCACACGGGCGAGAAGCCCUUCGCCUGCGACGUCUGUGGCGUCAGGUUCACCCGGAACGACAAGCUGAAGAUCCACAUGCGGAAGCAUACCGGGGAGCGCCCCUACUCCUGCCCGCACUGCCCGGCCCGCUUCCUGCACAGCUACGACCUCAAGAACCACAUGCACCUGCACACGGGCGACCGGCCCUACGAGUGCCACCUGUGCCACAAGGCUUUCGCCAAGGAGGACCACCUGCAGCGCCACCUCAAAGGCCAGAACUGCCUGGAAGUGCGCACGCGGAGGCGCCGCAAGGACGAUGCUCCGCCCCACUACCCGCCGCCCGCUGCCGCCGCCCUGCCCCCAGCCGGCCUCGACCUCUCCAACGGCCACCUGGACACCUUCCGCCUCUCUCUGGCGCGACUCUGGGAGCAGUCGGCGCCCGCCGGGCCCCCGAUAUCCACUCCCGGGCCCCCCGACGAGGAGGAGGAGGAGGGGGCGCCCACCACGCCGCAGGCCGAAGGGGCCAUGGAGUCCUCUUAGAGGGGGCGAAGGCCAGGCCGGAGGAGCACAGGCUCGGGGCCCGCAUGCCAAGCAGUGGGGGCACACGCGGGACGCGGGGGUGGGCAGGGGCCCGAGCUGGUGCCCGCGGGGCCUCCUGGGCGCAGUUUCCAGGCUAGGAAGGCCUCGGGAGGCUCGGUUCCCGGGUCGGGUGGCGUCCCCCGGAGCAGUACAGAAGAUAUUAUGCCCAUAUUCGCGCUCGGGUGUCAGGUGGGCGCCCGCCCCGGUCCUCCACUGCUGCUGGGGGUAGAAGCAAUAAUGUAUUUCUGAUUCGUGGGGUUCUUCGGCUAUGCGGGUUUCCAGGGGCUGGGAGCGGCUUGGGACCAAAGCCCGGCCCCGCCCCCACGCCCCCUGGGGUUCGGGGCCGCGAAGGGGGCGAGGCCGCCCCUCCCCUCCAGACCCUCCCCCCUGGUUUCUGUUCCCUUUUCCUGCCCGUGAAUUAUGCAAACGGGGGGCGUCCGCGGGACGCGGGUGGGAGCGCGGCGGGCCCCGCCGGCCGCCCUCCGCCCUGCCGGGGCGCUGAGUCAUGGGGUCCCGGGGCAGAGGGGGCGGGCUGGCCUGAUUGGCCCGCCCGGCCCCGGGGGCAGCGGGGGCCCCGCCCAGGGGAGCGCGCGGCCCGGCUGGCUUCUCCUCCCCUCCCGUCCCCGAGUCCCCGGGCAGGGAAUGUCUUGUUCCCGCCGCUCCCUCCCUGGGGCCAGAGGGCAGGGCGGGCCGGCGUCCUCCCCGCCCAGGUGCGAGCCGGAGCCGGAGCCGGAGCCGCGCCGCCGCGGCCGCCCCUGACUCACGCCGCCCCCGGGCGCGCGCGGGGGGCGGGGGGCGGGCGGGGAGCGCGCCGGCGACACCUGGCGCCACCUGGCGGCCGCGCCGCACCCGCGCGCCUUCGCUCCCCGCCCGGGGUCGAACCCCGCGGCCCCCCGCCCCCGCCCCAGCUCCCGCUCUGUACAUAGCCUCCUCCGGUCUCGUCGAAAUCUAGUUUCCGAUUUUUAACUACCCGAUUCUGCUGCGGGCGGGGGUGUCUCCCUCCCCUUCCUCGCUGGGUGCUGGACCCCCCCACCCCCGACCCAAGCGGCCUGGGCUCCGCCUUGCACUAUUCACCCUCCCGGCCUGGGGGCUCCUCCCCCUCCUCCACAGGAGGUUCAGGGGCCCGGUGCUCUCCCUCCCUGCACCCCCAUGCCCAUUUGCACAGCUGCCCAGAUACCCCCGACAGUGGGGGGUCACAGGGAGGGGGUAGUGGGACCAGUCCCCGUAUCUAUUUAAAAAGUGAUGUAAUAUAUUGGUUGGGGUAGGGGGGGCGCGGGUUGCCCUGGGCCUCAUCUUAGCAUUUCAGGGGAUAGUGAAGCCCGGGGCUGGGGAGACCUGGGGCCUAGCUCCGGGACUGAGGACAAAUGUGCUCUCCCUCCCCCUGCGGCUUCUCCACUCAGUGCCUUAGGGGGGCCAUCCCCCCUCCUCCUGUUCCACCCCUGCCCCCUACCCUGGUGUAAGCGACAGGAAGAAAUAAUAAUAAUUUAAGAUUCA